AUGUGGCUCCAAAACUUGGACGUGCAAACGUUGAGCUGCACACCUUACUCAAUUCUCAGCGAUGAGCAGCAUAGAGCAACGCCAAUAGACUCUCUUUACCUUUCUGCUUUCUAUGCGUCUUUUUGGCCUUCACAUCCCUUUCUACCUCCUCUCAAAGAUUUUAAGCAGCACUUGAAACAGGUGGAUGGUGCGGACCUUGCGGCGACGAUCAAUUACAUUGGAUCACUCUAUGUGGCAUCUCAACAGAGGAGCCAGAAAGGUCGUCUGAUGCCGCAGCCACCAGGAGAGUAUUCGCACAAUGCUUUUACGGUACAGAACUUACUUUUACUCGCAAUCACGUACCAUAUGCAAGGGUCUUCCGAGGAAGCUCAAGAUACGUUGUCUACUGCAACCCGCAUUGCCAUCAGGCUAGGCCUUAAUCAGCAGACGUUCAGCGCAGCUGCAGGGAACAAUGUGACCGGAGAAAGCUGGCGAAGAACCUGGUGGGAACUCUACGUACUCAACAUUCUCUUUGCAGCAUUAAACCAAUCGCAUUGUCAUGGUCUUGAGGGCGUGGAGACGGAUGUCCCAAUGCCUUGUGAGGAGCAUAUGUAUCGUGAAUUCGAGAAAUUCCCAAUUGGGCAAUCCCUGGCAGAUUUCCAAGAUAGCCUCUUGUCAUCACAGCAAGGAUUGACUUUCUCAUCUUUUACCUACCGCAUUGCUGCUGCUAGAGCACUGAACCAGAUCAUUGGGGCAUCCACUGCUGCCACCGAAGGCUCAGUUGCACCUUAUCAAGCAGCAGAAUUGGCGCUGGAAACCCUCAGGCUACGUAUGGGUUCCCCCUUGCAGAGCAUUAUAGAUCCAUGUGACUUCUCGAUUAACGAAAUGCUCUUUCAAGCACAAAUGCUUGUCCAAGCGGGCACUAUCUUCUUGCACAAACCACGCUCUGGCCUCGAAGCCUAUGAAAAUACGCAGAAGAUCACAUGCGCCCCUGAAAGCUCUUUACUCUGUUCUGAUAUCACCCUUCAUCAUACGAAGAAAUGUGUGGAUGCUGCAGAUGAGCUUUGCAAGAUGGUCAGUGUAUCAGGAGAGAUCUCAUCACGGACGCCUUUGUUCGUGUGUGCAAUGGCCCUACAAUCUCUUGUACAUCUAGGAGCCUACAAUAUCUUGCAAUGGAGCCAAAAGAGGCCCAUACUCUCUCAACAAGUGCAGCUCAGUGUAAGUGGUUUACAAAGGCUUGGCCAAACAUGGAUCACCGCCCAGAAUGUCGGGGAUCAGGUGUCUGCAGUUGCAAGAGCUGUUCUAAAUUGCAAUCCUGACUUGAGCCACAAUGUUACUUUUCCAUCAGAUGAUACUCCUCUACAACAGUUACAAGAUUCAGACAGCCUACUGCGUACUAUGGAUACUCCGAAUAGCGUGGAGAAUCUGUCAGAGCAAAUACGACUGGAUGACUAUCUUGACCCGCACGUACUUUGA